AGCUGUUCUUUCGUCUGCAGUUACUCCGCUUCUCUCUCGCUUUCUCUCAUCGAUAUUUUCUUUCGUUGACAGCUUCCCACGAACAUUAAUGAAUCAAUUUUAGUUUGAUUUAUAUAUAUAUACAUAUAUAUACAUAUCAGUUUUCAAUUCGUCGACAAAUCGGUUCAUUUCCUUCAAUUGCUCUCUCUACGUAUCAAAAGAGGGAUGGCUGGACAAGUAGUUAGCAAUAGACCAGCGACUUCCUUUGAGUUUGAGCUUGUUGAAGGUGAUCCUGAUCACCCUAGGAAUGUUGAAGCAUCGCCAAAGUUGAUCAAUCCAUGGAUUGACCCUGCAACAAUAAAACUGAGACACAGAAUUGGUAGGGGUCCCUUUGGUGAUGUUUGGCUAGCAACUCAUCAUCAAACAACUGAAGAUUAUGAAGAGUAUCAUGAAGUGGCUAUCAAGAUGUUGCAUUCUAUUAAGGAGGAUAACAUUAAGGCUGUAUUAGGUAAGCUUGAUAAUCUGUUUUCUAAGUGCCAAGGAUUAGAAGGCAUUUGUUGGCUGCACGGCAUUUCAAUUAUAAGUGGAAAGAUAUGCAUUGUUAUGAAAUUCUAUGAGGGAUCAGUUGGUGACAAAAUGGCACUCCUUAAAGGGGGCAAGCUAUCGCUGCAUGAUAUUUUGAGGUAUGGGAUUGAUAUGGCUCAGGGAAUUAUGAAGCUGCAUUCAAAAGAUAUCCUGGUUCUUAACCUUAAACCUUUUAAUUUCCUUUUGAAUGAAAAUGACCGAGCAGUUCUUGGAGAAUUAGGGAUUCCCUAUGUACUGCUGGGAAUUCCAUUACCAAGUUCAAAUAUGGCUCGAAGACUUGGUACUCCAAACUACAUGGCUCCAGAACAAUGGGAACCAGAAAUAAGAGGACCGAUAUCCUUUGAGACCGAUUCAUGGGGGUUUGGUUGCAGCAUUCUGGAGAUGUUGACUGGUGUUGUGCCUUGGUUUGGGAAGUCUGUUGAUGAAAUAUACCGUUUAGUUGUGAAAAAACAAGAAAAACCGCAAAUUCCUAGUGGCCUUCCUCCUGCAGUUGAGCAUGUCAUUAUUGGUUGUUUUGAGUAUGACUUAAGGAGUCGUCCCUUAAUGGAAGACAUCUUGCAUGCUUUUAAAAGCUCACAGAAUGCAGUUUAUCGUGAUGGCGGCUGGACAGGUCUUGGGAGUAGAAUGAUUACAGACAAAUCGAAUUCCAAUGGGUACACUGAAUGGUUCCUCUCCAAAGAUCAUCUUCAAGUGGGUGACAUGGUGCGGUCCAGAAAGCCACCAAACUCACGCAAACCUGAAAACAUGGAUGUCCCUGAAGGGACCUUAGUGGGUUUGGAGCAGGACACUGAUCGAAAUGGGUUUGUUUUGGUGAGGGUCCAUGGCAUCCAUGAUCCAAUAAGAGUUCAUAAAUCUACAUUGGAACGGGUCACCGUUGGCUUGGCUGCGGGGGAUUGGGUACGUGUAAAGCUGGAAGACAAGAAGCACUCACCAGUGGGUAUUCUUCAUUCCAUCCAGCGUGAUGGAAGCGUCGCUGUUGGAUUUAUUGGAGUGGAGACUCUUUGGAAAAGCAAUUCUUCAGAACUCCAGAUGGCAGAAUCUUACUGUGUGGGCCAGUUUGUGAGGCUGAAAUCAAAUGUAUUCAGCCCUCGAUUUGAUUGGCCUCGAAAAAGAGGUGGUGAAUGGGUCACUGGGAGGAUUUGUCAGGUCCUACCAAAUGGGUGCCUUGCUGUUAAUUUCCCAGGUAGAUUAACAUUCGGAGACGAAUGCAGCAGCUUCUUGGCUGAUCCAGCUGAAGUGGAAGUGGUUUCUUUUAAUACUUGUCCCAGCAUGGUUAAAAAGUAUGAACAUCUCGAGGAUUUUCACUGGGCUGUUAGGCCACUUGUCAUUGCACUGGGUCUAUUUACUGCCAUGAAGCUAGGCUUCUUUGUUGGGAAGAAAGUGGGGAGGUCAAAGGCAAAGGGACAGAACACUGCAAUGGCGUGCGAUGCUCAACAUAUGGAUGGAAACGCAGCAUGGCUUCCUCCAAAGGUGGCAAAUAUCAUCUUUAGAGAUGGUGUCGGUACAGGUGCCACUCGAUAGUUAUCUAACCUAACUCAGAUGCCCAAAGCUAAAAUCUAAACCGAAUUUUUUUUCCUAAAUGAAGGAAAUCUAAACAGAAUUGCAUAAGGAAGUUGUUAGCUUCUUAGCUUUUAGGGCAUUUGACAGAUUAUUUCUGGUAAAAGAGUAGGGAAUAGAACCCUUCAAUUAUCUAUAUGGUGUAAAUAUAUGACUCUGUUAGUUUGAUUACCUUUAUAGCUGUAUAUAUACUACUUAUUCAGCGACUUCCCUACUGUGAAUUUGUUUUUCAAUUUUAGUUUAUUUUAUAAACAUGUUAUAUCUUUUACAGCCAAAUAAA